AUGCGCGCCGUUGUUCUUGCCGCUGCACUUCCAACAGCGCUAGCUUUUUGGAAUGGAAACCUCUGCGGUGGCAAUGGUGGCUGCAUAUCUUGGGGAGCUGGCCCAUCAAACCACCCUUGGGUUUGCCCGGAUGAUAGCCGCCUGACCAUGCCUCUUUACCUUGGCAACUGGCGAGAUGCUGGUGCAGCAGACGUUCCAGCUGCGACCCAGGAUGAAUUUCCCAAGACUUGCUGGGAUGGGAAAUAUCCUGCUCCUGGUGAGAAGCUGAUGAAAACUACCACAAGUGGUGGUCAAACACUGUAUACAUGGAUAUCCUCGAACUGCAAAGAUGGGAAGCCAGCAGCGCCAGGCGACUGUUAUCACCACAACCCCAAUCCGUCAGUUGUCAAUUUUUGCGCAAUGUAUGACUCGAAGGGAGGACAGUGUAAGACGAACCCGAAUGCAGGAGAGUGUGAACGUUGGGGCGCUACGACUGUGCGACCACAGUGCAAUUACUGGAAGCCAGGCCUUCAGGAUCUCCCUGAUUCGUAUUACCAGGGCAAACCUGAUAACUUUUAA